ACAAUACACUUCCUCAAUUGAUAAAAAAUCCAAAAAUCCAAAAAUCAAAUCAUUAAUAAAAAAUUCCAAGCUUGAAAUUCCAAAAUUAGGAUUAACUUAGAUAUUAAAUUAUUAUGAUGGCUCAGGCGGCGGGGGGACGGGGCAGGGAUGUAGUCGGAGACUAUCUGGUAGGAAGGCAAAUCGGGUCGGGUUCAUUCUCGAAGGUAUACCAUGCUAGGCACAGAGUUCAUGGGACUGAGGUGGCAAUUAAAGAGAUUGUUACGAGUAGACUUAAUAAGAAGUUGCAUGACAGUUUAAUGUCUGAGAUCUUUAUUUUGAAACGGAUUAAUCACCAUAAUAUUAUUUGCUUACAUGAUAUUAUUGAGGUUCCGGGGAGAAUAAAUAUAAUAUUGGAAUUUUGCAAAGGGGGUGAUCUUUCUAUGUAUAUUCAACGGCAUGGAAGGGUUCCUGAAGCAACUGCUAAGCACUUUAUGCAGCAGCUAGCGGCGGGUCUACAAGUUCUUCGGGAUAAUAAUCUUAUACAUCGGGAUUUAAAGCCGCAGAAUCUCCUCCUUUCCACCAAUGACAGCAAUGCAGUUUUGAAAAUUGCUGAUUUUGGAUUUGCUAGAUCCCUGCAACCUAGAGGGCUCGCAGAAACCUUAUGUGGUUCACCCCUUUAUAUGGCUCCAGAGAUAAUGCAACAUCAGAAGUAUGAUGCUAAGGCAGAUCUCUGGAGUGUUGGUGCCAUUUUAUUUCAGCUUGUAACUGGGAAAACACCAUUCACAGGAGCUGAUCAAUUUCAGUUGCUCAAAAAUAUCGUGAAGUCAACUGAAUUGCCAUUUGCUCCUGAUAAUAAAGAUCUGAGUGCUGAAUGCAAAGAUUUGUGCCAGAAAUUGCUACGUCGAAAUCCAGUGGAACGACUAACUUUUGACGAGUUCUUUAACCAUCCAUUUCUUUCCCCAAAGAAAGUAGAUGAAUCAUCAAGGAAUAGGAGGUUUUCAACACCAGUUGACAGUUUUCUAUCAUCUGAAAGCAAAUUGGUAAGACAAACAGAAGAAAUUUCUCCAGAGGAUUGUCUUCCCUUCUUUCUUGAUGAUGAUUCUAGCGGUCCUGAUGGUAGCCCUUCAUCCUUAAAAAAGAAAUCCUCACUGAAUUCCACGUAUGAAUUUUCUUUAGAUGAACGAGUUGAUGGAAGGGAAGCUAAAUCAAAUGUUUCAAAUAACACCCAUAUUACACCCAGGUAUUCUAGUACCAGAAUCAAUCUGGAAAAUACGAGUUCAAAGCCUAAUGUCAGUAAAAUUCGGGAUGAAAAUCUACAUGAAGCUUCAAAGUCCGUGAAUCAGAGGUCGAUAGAUGCCAGAUCAAGAGUUGCGGAUUCAUUGGAGUCGAUAGAUCAAGAUUAUGUUCUUGUCUCGGGUCCACCUUUGAACGUGUCUUCUUCCUCAGCGAGUACUUCCAAACCAAGUCAUAUAGGGCCUAAGUCACAUAAUUCUUCUCCAGCAGCUGUCAAUUUUAAUACUGCACCCAUGCAAAUAAGUGGCACGGUCGACAGUAAUUUGUGCCCUGUUGGAAGCUUGGGCAGUCGCAGCUCUGCCACUAGGACGUCUCAAGAAUCCACGGAUAGUGGAGAUGUUAUGGAGCAACCAUCAACUCAUUGCCUGACUAGGAUUAGGUCAUUACAGCAGUGUGCGUCUGCAAUCUCUGAAUUAGUUCAUGCAAAGGUUGAGUCAGAUAAGCAACUGGAAGGAUUCUCAAUACAGCUUGUUAUUCUUGCAAUUUGGAAGCAAGCACUGCAUAUUCGGUUCUUCUGUUCAGAAAUGAAAUGUUCCAAAUGUUCCUGUAAAUUCUUGCUCCAUACUCAGGCUGCCUCAGCUAUUGAAGGAAGUCCAACCCGAGAAACUAUGAGGUUGAGGAGAAGCAGCAGCAAGAAGCAUGGCACUCCAGAUUCAGAAGAUUGCCCAGAUGCCCUUCCAGAGAGUAUGACCGCUCAGAUUGAGAGGGCAUUUUUAAGAGAAGUUGAACAUGCAGAGGAACUUGCCAAGACCAUUGAACCUGGAAACGUUGAGAUGCCUGAUGCAAUGGAGACAAUAUAUCAAUCUGCCCUUGCUCUGGGAAGACAUGGAGGAGUUCAGGAGUUGAUGGGUGAAAUGGAAGGUGCAUCGUUCUUAUAUACAAAAGCAGUACGGCUAUUAGUGUUUCUUCUGGUGGAAGCACCGUCGCUCAUUCUGAACCCACCGUUUUCUCUUACAAACUCAGACCGGUAUAGGCUUCGUACCUACAUUGAUUUCCUUAAUAACAGGCAAGGCCAUUCAAGGUCUCAAAGGAUGGCACUUCUGAAAUGUGAAGAACUACAAUACCCACCAGAGGAUACGCAAAAUUCGUACUCUCAGUGAAUUGUUAAUAAAAUUAUUUGUUUGUACAGCUAUUCUUUGAGUGACUGGGAUUGGGCGACUGUCAAAUAGCCAAAUUCUGUAGCUAGGGCAAGACUUUUGUAAUAUUCUCAAUUCUGUGAUUUAAGGAAAGAAAAAGAAAAGAAAUUAAAAAUGGUGGUAGAAAAAAGAAGAAAGAAAUGGAAAAUGAUGCACUGUAUAUAUGUUUAGCAUACAUUCAUUUUCCAUUUAUGUCAAUGGUAUAUCCUCUCAACGAACAAUUGGGCGUUUGCGUUUAGUUUAUAUGAAUUCAGAGAAAAUAAUUUUAUUAGGCGUUUGCGUUUAGUUUAUUAUUACUGUCAUUGGUGAACCUAAUUUGUAAAUCACAAAAUUGCCUGUAAAUUCUAAAGUCAAAAACCCUAAAAAUUGGUUAUUUCUA